AUGUCCCUAAGUCUUUCCCGGAAUGCGAUCAUGACACUUUUCUACAACGGAUCCCUUCAGGAGGGCAUUUCUGCUGCAGUGAGAGAUGCCAAAGCGGUCACUUGCUUUGUUAGAGAUGACCAGGAGUUGAGCUCUCAAUGGGAAGACGCUUAUUUCGGUGAUGCUGAGGUUGCGCAAGCACUCAAUGCCAAAGCAGUUGUAUUGCGCUUGACAGCGGGGUCACAGGAAGCUGGAUUCCUUGCCUCUUUCUGUCCGAUUUCGAAAUUUCCGACUGUUGUCCUUAUCAAGAAUGGCACGCUAAAGGAGUACAUCGGGCCAGAUAUCUCGAAAGAUGACUUCCGUAGUCGAUUGAUUACAGCUUUGGAAAACGAACAGACACCCAAUCCUGCACAGCAACUACAAGGAAAUGACACUCCUGCCGCUUCAACUAAUCCUACACCGGUAUCAGUCGUGCCCCAACCCAAGCCUAGGGUGCCAUCCAGUGCCAGCAAAUCUGCACAGCCCUCAAAGCAAGCAAGCGAAAUUGCAAUCAAGAAACAAUCACCGGUUGAACAAAUACCCAAGAAAACUGCAGAACCUGGCAAAUCAGCAGCGUCUGCAUCUCAAAGCCCCUUAAUAUCCAAAGAAGCCGGCAAUAAAGAUAUCAAAGGCAAAGCACCGAUGGGUUCUAAGAAGCCCGCUGACAAAGGUGUUGCAAAGAACGAACCCAAAGAGCCAAAACCCGUAGUCCCUCGAGGACCUCCAACCGAGUACCGGCUACAAGUGCGCCUGUUUGAUGGAAGUUCCGUGCGAUCUAGCUUUACACCCACCCAGAACAUCCGAAACGAUGUACGGGCUUGGCUUGAUCAGAAAAUGGAAGGCGACAACCGACCCUACAAUCUCAAACAUAUCUUAACCCCCCUCCCCAGCGAAACUCUUUCAGCCACCCAGGAGUCACAAACUCUCCGAGACUUAGGGCUUGGUUCCACCGCGAACCUGGUCAUGGUUCCGGUAGCAACAUAUACGGAGGCCUAUUCUGCAGCGGGUAGUUUGCCAGUUCGUGGUAUAUCUGCCGUCUACAACCUUGCAUCUUCUGCUGCCAGCGCUGCAACGGGUCUUGUGGGUUCAUUCCUUGGAUAUGGCUCAACCGCGCCGACAAGCGAUACAGCCGCCUCUUCGGCCUCUCCGGCUGCUGGCACUUCGCAACGUCCUAGGAGCACGGGGCCCAAUAUCCGGACACUGAGGGACCAGCAAGAUGGACGCGGGAAAAAUCAGUUCUACAAUGGGAACCAGUUGAACUUUGAGCCCAGGAAGAACCAGGAUGACAAGGAUAAAUAA